UCGAGCUGUGCAGCAGAUCUUCCGAUGCAUUGUAACAUCGUUGAAGAGCAUAAACUCUUUCUCACAAUGCUACAGCAUCUGUAAUGGCGCGUUGACCUUCGAAUGUGGGACUAAACAAUCGCCAGGAUCCUAAAAACAGAGAUGUAGUCUGUACUGUGGUCUGUUGGCAGGCUGUGACAUCUCAUUAUGCUGCUCUAUCUGCUGCUGGCCUUACAAACUAAGGUCAAUGCCCAGACAGACCCAGCUCAAUGUCGAUAUCCUCUUGGUAUGGAGGAUGGGAGGAUCCAAAACGAUGACAUCACUGCCUCCAGCCAGUGGUAUGAAACCACUGGACCCCAAUAUGCAAGGUUGAACAGAGAGGAGGGAGAUGGUGCCUGGUGUCCUGCUGGUCAACUGCAACCUUCAGAUGUUCAGUAUCUUCAGCUCGACCUUGGUCAGCUCAUCUUUCUCACCGUGGUUGCUACGCAGGGUCGUUACGCACGGAAUUCCGGCAACGAGUAUGCACGCAAGUACCGCCUGGAGUACAGUCGUGACGGGCACCGGUGGAUACCCUGGAGAAAUCGCUUUGGCAGUGAGAUUAUAAUGGGAAAUGUUAACACGUACGACUCUGUGGUACGAGAUCUUCACCCUCCAAUCAUCACUCGUUUCCUGCGUCUGAUUCCUGUCACUGAUGCUGUACACACGGUGUGUAUGAGAGUGGAGCUGUUCGGAUGUCUCUGGCAGGAUGGCCUGACAGCCUACAGCUCUCCGGAAGGUCAAACUAUGAUGGCUCCGGGAUAUCCCAAUAUGGCACUUAACGACUCCACUUAUGACGGUGCUCUAAAACGCAGGAAGAUGUCCGGAGGGCUGGGUCAGCUGACGGACGGCGUGAUUGGUCAAGAUGAUUUCGUACAGUGGAGGCCAUACAGACUGUGGCCCGGAAAUGACUAUGUGGGUUGGAGGAACGACAGUUUGCAACCUGGAUAUGUGGAGAUGGAGUUUGUGUUCGACAGACAAAGAAACUUCACCUCAAUGAAGGUUCACAGUAAUAACAUGUUCUCUCGGGGUGUGAAGAUCUUUGCGUCCGUAUCCUGCAUGUUUAAACUGCACCUCAUCUCUGAGUGGGAACCAGAGGCGGUGGAGUUUCACACAGUUGUGGACGACCGGAACCCGAGCGCUCGAUACGUGACAGUUCCAUUGAAGCACAGAUCAGCCACGGCUCUAAGCUGCCGGUUCUACUUUGCUGACACUUGGAUGUUGUUCAGCGAGAUCUCGUUCCAGUCUGCCACCAAUGUGCUUCCUACCCAGAAGCCCCCAGUGUUUACCCCGCCCUCAUAUGAAGUUAACAGCAAACUAGAAAGUACUACACAAAAAAUAGACAUCAAGACGACACCAAAGACAGGCUCCCCUGAAGAGGGCAGUACAUCGAUUCUGAUUGGCUGUCUGGUGACUAUUAUUCUUUUGUUGGUGGUCAUCAUCUUCUUGAUUUUAUGGUGCCAAUACGUUUGUAAAGUCCUGGAGAAGGCUCCGAGACGUAUUUUGGAGGAGGAGGCAACAGUGCGUCUGUCUUCUAGCAGCGACACUAUAAUACUGCAGACGCCUCCGGUUCCCCCCCGUGUGUCAAUCGAUCCUCCCUAUGAGAGGAUCUUCCUGCUGGAUCCCCAGUAUCAGGAUCCCGCUGUGCUCAGAAACAAACUCCCAGAGCUGUCCCAAAGUGCAGAGUCUUCUGCCUGCGGUGGAGGCUACGCCGAGCCCGAUGUUACACUGUGCACCCCCCACCAGAAUUUUCAGAGCAGUGUGCCCCAUUACGCUGAGACAGACAUCAUAAGCCUUCAGGGGGUCACCGGGAGCAAUAUGUACGCCGUUCCUGCACUCACCGUCGACUCCCUUACGCGGAAGGACAUUUCUGUCGCCGAGUUUCCUCGAGAGUGCCUGCUUUUUAGAGAGAAACUGGGAGAAGGCCAGUUCGGGGAGGUGCACUUGUGUGAGGCCGAGGGUUUGGCAGAAUUUUUGGGAGAAGGCGCCCCGUUACCCGAGCUGGAUGGCAGGCCGGCCCUGGUGGCAGUUAAACAGCUUAGAUCGGACGCCACCAGCAAUGCCAGGAAUGACUUCCUGAAGGAGAUCAAGAUCAUGUCGCGUCUGAACAACCCCAACAUCAUUCAGCUGCUGUGCGUGUGCGUGAGUUCGGAUCCACUGUGCAUGGUAACGGAGUACAUGGAGAACGGAGAUCUCAACAUGUUCCUGUCUCAGAGAGAGAUCGAGAGCACACUUACACAUGCCAACAACAUUCCGUCUGUCAGCAUAGCAGAUCUGUUGCACAUGUCGGUACAGAUCUCAUCUGGCAUGAAGUAUUUGGCCUCUCUGAACUUUGUGCAUCGUGAUCUUGCCACACGGAACUGUCUCCUGGACCGCCACCUCACCAUUAAGAUCUCUGACUUCGGCAUGAGCAGAAACCUGUACAGCAGCGAUUACUAUCGUAUACAAGGUCGCGCUGUACUGCCUAUACGCUGGAUGGCCUGGGAGAGCAUCCUGCUGGGUAAGUUCACAACAGCCAGCGACGUUUGGGCAUUUGGGGUAACUCUUUGGGAGAUCUUUACUCUCUGUAAGGAGCAGCCCUACAGUCUUCUGUCUGAUGAGCAGGUCAUCGAAAACACAGGAGAGUUCUUCAGAAACCAGGGGAGACAGAUUUGUCUCUCCGCGCCUCCUCUCUGUCCAUCAUUUCUGUUCGAGGUCAUGAUGCGUUGCUGGAGUCGAGACAUUGCCGACCGACCCUCCUUUCAAAGUUUGUACCAGACCCUGCGAACUUUUGCUCCCCCCUUAUGACUGACACCUGCUCUACUCAAUCAACCUGGGGGUAAACUGACGCUAUGUCAGGAAUGAAUGCUCUUCCUGCAGACGGUCAGAGAAGUAGAAUGGGAACAUUAUAGCCACAAUGUAGCGUCAUCGGAGCAUUAGGAAUCCAGUGGAGAUCUGGAAAUUUACACUUUGUGAUAGGCAUUCACAUCUCCAUUGGUACUCAAAGAGCUUUUCGAAUCCAUAGACACUUGAGAUGUUUCUUUUUACUUUAUAUUCUUGUACAACAUUUUUUCUUCUUUUAUCAUAAAUGUUCUCUUAAUUGUUGUUUUUUAUUUUACAAAAGAACAGUGACUCUUUAGCCAACUUUAUAAUCGAGGCAUAUAAAGCAACUGGACGAAUGUUGUGUUUGUCAGAACUGGUUGUGUAUUGUUAAGCACUGCUGUCUGUUGUCGUUUUUUGUCUUGUUUUUGUUCUUUAUUUACCCGCACACUGGAGAUAUAAUGUCUUGUUGUUCUGAUAAUAAGUGUUGUUUUGCUUUCUGAAUAUGAAUGUUUUUACAGGUUCUUUGGAUAUACCCGGGUUGGAGAUCUUCCCUGCCUGGGUCUAGCAGAACUACUGUAAUAGUUACAUUAUAAACCCUUUCAAUGGAGAAAGAGAGGGUUGUAGAGCCAACGGUGGACUGAUGUGCAGUUGAAUGCACUGUUUCCUUCCCCCAAUUUGUAAUAAACCAAUAUCCCGGGUUCAAUGCAUGUUAAAUGUGGGGUUUAAUGUUAAUUAGCAUAGAAAAUAAAUUGAAUUUAUCUCAUUGGAAUUAUGUGGAUUAGUGGUGAAAAUAAAUAAUUUGUUAAUUAAAUGACAUAAUUUAAACUGAAGUUGAAGAGAUAGUUCACCCAAAAAGAACCGAGCUGAUCUGGAAACCGAGCUGGAAAAUAAAUAUAUGGGAGUCAAUGGGGGAAGAUAUAUGCUCGGUUACUGAAUUUCUAACAAAUAUCUUCUUUAAGCAGAACAAAGAAAUGUAUACAUGUUUGGAAAAAUCUGAGGGUGAUUUAACAUCAAAUUCAUUUUUGGGUGAACUAUUAAUUUAACGAGAAAACAAAAAGAGCAACAACUACAAAUAUAUUAACAUUAUAACAUUAUUUACAAAAAUACAAAAGUUACACUGUUUAUUUGUGUCUUUUUUAAAGGGACUUUAUGGUUCACGUUAUUGUGCCAUAGUUUCUGUGAAUAGAGUUUGACUUGUAUUGAACCCUGAAAGUUUCAAAACCAUCUUUCAAAAACCAGCAAUAUUUCAUCCCAACAGCCAGAAAAACUCAAAGCAAAACUGUGUAUCACCUUGAUGUUGCUAUAAAGUUGCUAAAUGCAUUGUUGCUGCAUAAACACAGGUCUGGGAUGAGAUUAAGGGAUAAUUACAUUGAUAUUGUUUCUAGAGAUCUAGUUAGAUGUUUGAUCUCUAUAGAAGGCACAUGAAUUUGGGGAUAAUGUCUGCAAAAUCGAAAUUACUCUAAGCACAUUUUCUCUAUAUUUUUACCCACUUUAAUGUUGUAUAAAACUUGUAUGUCUUGUAACAAAUGUUUAUGAAAGAGUGUUGCACCAAGAAAUCACUCUUAUCUCUUAUCAAGUCUUAAAAUGGUUUGAUGGACUAAUGUAUAACUAUAAUCGAAUAUUUCUUACAAGCAUUCCUUUUCGUAGAUUGUUUACCGUAUUUUAGAAAUUGUCUUAAAUGUUUUAUUAUUUAGCUUUUCAAAGGUUCAUUGCUGGAUGUCUUAUUAAUAGGUUUAUUGAGGGCAACCACUAAAACUCAAUCUCCCAGAAAUCUUUGCUGCAGUGAGCCUGAGUCAAUUUCUGUUAAGACUGAUCAGAGUUUGCUUUUCACAUGUAUACAGAGAUCAAGAAUGCAUGAAUGCGUGAAUGAACAAUACCGUGCCUGGUUCUAUGAGUGUUUUCAUAAAUUAGCAUUCUGUUACUAUCCUUAAAACCUUUUAUCUAUCCGUGCGUCCUUUAUGUAUGUUGCAUAAACAGUGUAGAUACUGUAUAGUAAUAUAUUGGGGACUGAGAAAGACUUGCUCACUUUGAGCUUGCGUUGUCAUUCUUGUUUUCCAUAUUAAAAUACAUUUUGCUGUAAUGUGCGGCCUAGUGUGUUUUACUCCUUUUUUAUUUCAACAACUUGAUAUGCUAUUGUCAAUAAUACAGUAAUCAUGAUACAUGAAUUUAUUUGCCCUACACAUUUAUUUAUAUCCUGUACUUUACUUGUCUGUGUGUUUUUGCAUAUUUUUGGUCUACAUAUUAGCUGACAUUGAAUCGUUGACUUCAAUGCUGAGUCAUGGCAGUCUAAAUAAAUAAAGGAUGUAUUAAUGUGA